UGGGAGGAAGGAUUUGCCUCGAACGAAAUCCAACGUAUCAAUACAAUCUUCCCUUUCCAUUCUCUGAAUCCAUUUCUUAUCUCGCAAAUUGAUUAUUAUUUUCUUCAGUUCAUCUAUCACAAUCUAGAUUCAUAACAGAUUGUCUCUUGAUAAUAUUAAAAGACUGAUUGUUUCUCGUAGUAAAGUUACCCCUCACCGUCACCGGAGUCGGCACAUUGGGCCGGCUCCGAUUUCCCCUUUAAGGGAAUACGGUCAUACACGUCGACGUUUUUAAGAGGGAUAGUUUUGCAAAUUAAACUGGAAUGAAACGUGGGUAGGUGAAGGCUGAAGCCAUGCUGGUUGGUCGCAGUAGGUAGGUAAGCGUAGAGUCCUAGACCCUUCUUCCUCUCUCUCUCUCUUUCUUCAUUUCUUCGAUUCUUCUUCCUUAUUAGCUUCUUGUGAAAAAAUAAAGUUGCUAAACCACAAAGCUUGGAACGCAACCAGGAAGAAGAUAGGGAAUUGGGAUGGGGCUUUAUACAACUGUGAUGGAAGAGAUGACGGAGUACACGGGGCUAUCUCCGGCGGCCUUCUUCACCAUCGCGGCUCUUAUGGUCGUGGUUUAUAAGAUGGUGUGCGGCAUGUUUGUUUCCCCCGAAGAUUUCAAUAAACCCCCCAUCGUUACCGCCGGAAACAUCAACUCCAACCUUUUUAACUCGAGUUUCUCCAGUACUAAUGAUGGAAACCCGGUCCAAUUGGGAGACAUGACUGAGCAGCAACUAAGAGCCUACAACGGUUCUGACUCCAAUAAACCCAUCUUAAUGGCCAUCAAAGGUCAGAUCUACGACGUCUCUAGCUCCAGGAUGUUUUAUGGUCCUGGUGGACCGUAUGGAAUGUUUGCGGGAAGGGAAGCCAGCAGAGCCCUAGCGCUUCUAUCUUUUAACCCCCAAGACAUUAAUGGUAACCUUGAAGGUCUGGAUGCUUCCGAGCUUGAAAUUUUGCAGGAUUGGGAAGAUAAAUUCAUUGAAAAAUAUGCGAAAGUUGGGCAGCUUGUCCCAGAAGGAACGAGGAUUGAGCACCCUGAAAGUGGAGAUAAAGUUGAAGAGAGUCAGAACCCGCAAGAAAAAGCAAAAGCACAAUAGAGGGGGGAAAAAGAAAAUGCUUUCAUUUUCUUGGUUUUCUCCUCUCCAUGAGGUUGAGCUUCAGAGCAUUUAGCUGAGGUUUUAAUCUUGUAGUGGGUUGCUGCCAUGGAUGGCAGUAACAAAAUUGAUCCUAGAGCUGAAUAAAUGAGACCCUUUUGAUUGCAUUUUAUUGCUAGGCAGAUGGUUUCCAAAUCUGUAUGUAUGAUGUGUAUGGUUAGUAUGUAAUGUAGAACCUGCUCCUUCCCUGUUGAGGGUUUUUCUUGCA